AUGAAGAACCAUACAAAACAGACAGAGUUUAUCCUUCUGGGACUGACAGAUAACCCUCAGUUACAGAUUGUAAUGUUUUUAUUUCUACUUCUGAAUUACAUAUUCAGCAUGAUAGGAAAUGUAACCAUUAUUGCCCUCACUCUACUAGAUUCCCAUCUCAAGACCCCAAUGUAUUUCUUCCUCCGAAAUUUCUCUCUUCUGGAAAUUUCAUUCACAAGUGCUUGCAUCCCCAGAUUCCUAAUUACCUCUGUAACUACGGAAAAGACCAUUUCCUAUAAUGGUUGUAUAUCUCAGUUAUUUUUCUACAUAUUCUUGGGGGUUACAGAAUUUUUCCUUUUGGUGGCUAUGUCCUAUGACCGCUAUGUGGCCAUCUGCAAACCUUUGCAUUAUACCUCCAUUAUGAGCAGCAGAGUUUGUCAUCAGCUUGUACUUAGUUCUUGGGCAACUGGUUUCCUGGUUGUUUUCCCUCCACUGCUUUUGGUUCUUGACCUGGAAUUCUGUGCUUCAAAUAUGAUUGAUCAUUUCAUUUGUGAUAUUUCUCCUGUCCUGCAACUUUCUUGCUCAGACACACAUUUACUAGAACUGAUUGCUUUAUUCUUAGCUGCGAUGACCCUCAUUUUCACAUUGCUAUUAAUAAUCCUUUCUUACUCUUACAUCAUCAAAACAAUUCUAAAAUUCCCUUCAGCUCACCAAAAAAAAAAAGCUUUUUCUACCUGCUCUUCUCACAUGAUUGUUGUAUCUAUCACUUAUGGUAGUUGUAUAUUCAUCUACAUAAAGCCAUCAGCAAAUGAAAGAAUCACUUUAAGCAAAGGAGUAGCCGUACUCAAUACUUCAAUUGCCCCUUUGUUGAACCCAUUCGUUUAUACUCUGAGGAACCAGCAAGUUAAACAAGCCUUCAGAGAUGUAUUUAGAAAGAUAUUUUGUACUUUAGAAAAGUGA